AUGGCCGCAGAGGAACCCCAAGAUAGCGCGGGGCCCUCAUCUCCGCCGCCCCCGUUACCAGAAGGAUGGCUCGCACAAUGGGAAGGCGUAUCCCGGAAAUGGUACUAUGUCCAGCGCGCAACGGGCAAGUCACAAUGGGACAUCCCCACGGAACCCGUCAUAUUAACACCUUCCACAACACCCGGUUCAAUCGGUGCUGGUCCUACGCAAGCACCUCAUAGUAAAACUAGUCGCACUGGAUCAUUGUCUUUAUCACCGCAGACAUUGGCGGCUGAAUCACCGGAUUUGAGUGCUUCGUCCACUUCCACUACCAGGGGGUUGUUCAGUAGUCAUUCGUCGUCGGCGACGACUACGAGACCCAGUUUGUCCGGUGUGCUUGGUUCCGGCGGAAAUUCGGCGAUUACACAGAUUGCGGAUAGGGUGAUUGGGAGGAUUGCGAAGGAUUUUGUUCCGGGAAAGCAUGGGACUCAGUCGUCUUCGUCGCCGUCGCAUGGAGCUUAUGGGUCGGGACAUAAUACGGCACAGAAUCAGGCUGGGCACAGUUCCUAUGGGUAUGCAUCUACUGGCCAGUCUGGUGCAUAUACGGGCAGCGCACCGCAAUACCAUCCUCAAGGACAAGCGGGCUCACAACAGAAUGAAUUCUCUCAACAUGCGCCUGCAGGCUCCUCGGCAUAUCCUCCUCAGUAUCAUACCGGUCAGCCGGCACCGCCUAAUCAAUCCUCGAUUAAUCCUGGACAGCAGCAACCGUGGCCGACUCAGAAUUCAUUUCUUCAAAAUCCUCAUCCCGCAUACCAGCAGCCAGAUCUAUAUGGGCAACCCGCAGGAAACAUACCGUCUCAAUCAGAAUGGCAGUCCAGCACACAUCCACCUGUACCUAAUUCGACGAAACCGGGAAGUCAACCACCGCAGCCCAACUCUCACAACCCAUCUCCGAUAGCCAAUAAUCAUCCGCAACCGAACCACAACUAUCAACCUGCUUAUCACCAGCAAGUUCCACAACAUGUAAAUCAACAAGGGCAAGAUCUUUAUGGUCAUGGCCAAUACCCUCAUCAUCAACCGGCUAUGCACGGAAAACCGAGCAUAGGAGGGCCAUUGCAGUCAGGUCAACAACCACCUCAGCCAUACGCCAACAGUUUCCAGCAACAUCCCCACGUUCCAGGCUCUCAACAACAAUCGCCGUACCAUGCUAACAGUGGAGCACCCGCACCUCCGCCUAGUAUCCAGAAAUUCCAUAACAAUUCGCCUAUGUCACCGAUGAAUCCAGGACCAUCAGGUAACAAUUUCCAGCAGCAACCGCCACCAGGACAGUUCCUAGGCCACACCAAUCAGACAUCGCCACUCAACCAAUAUGUCCCCAACAGCAUGCCGAACAAUCCUCCUUCCCACAACUCAGCAUUCGCCGUAGAGCUACCAGACAGCCAAAUAAUGAACAUGCAAAACCGUCCGCCAAAGCAACAACAAUACGGCCAACAGCAACAUACAUACCAACAAUCCGGUCUACCUCCAAACCCUCACCAGCAGCCGCCACCCAACUCAAUGGGUAUGGACCACGGACCUGGCCCUACACCCAUGCGACACACACCGACUGAUCCGUCCUUCGUCAGUGGACCGUGGACAUCGCCGCCUACAAAUGCGAAUCAUCACUACCCACCGAAUAGGUAUAAUAAUAACCCUGGUGGUUACUAG